AUGGCAAAGAACAUUCAUAUUCGACAAUUGUCACCAGAAAUACCUUCACCUGUGAAAAUCACUGAAUCAAUUUGUAUUGAUGAUGCUGAUAAUAUAGAAAAUAAAAUACCCACUGGCGAUAUAGAAGCAAAAGAUGCAACAUCAUCUAUGAAUUCAGAUGACAAUCAUAUUGACAUUAAUCCGAUGACAAUUAUUUUAGCUAAUGGUCAACCAUUACUAACUAAUUUUGAAGAAAAACAUUUAAUAGAUACGAUAUUGAAAAUAUCAAAUAAAGAUAUUGAAACAAUGUUACAAGAAAAAAUUCAUUUUAUUCUACAAAUGAAUUAUGGUUUACCAUCAUCGUCGUUUACGUUGAAUCAACAUUGGAUGUAUGAUUUCAUUCUUAAACAUUUUCAAACUUUAGUCGAUCAUGCAAAUUCGUCAGAAUUAUUUGACAAACUUUUAAAUAGAAAUUUUGAUAAAAAUAAUUCAACGAUUUCUUUUAAACAUUGGCAAUUAAAAACACUUUAUGAUGAACAUAAAAAGAAACAACAACAGCAACAACAACAACAAUCGACUGUUUCACAAAAACGUCGAAUGACUGUUCGACGUAUUGACUUUAAUUAA